UGAAUUUAAUCUAGAAAGAAGAGAUAGGAGGGGACAAAGAGGUAGAGUAGAAGAUGAUAAUAUAAAUAGUAUAAAGAUGAAGAUGCCAUCUUUCAAGGGGACAAGGGAUCCAGACUUGUACCUUGAUUGGGAGAGACGAGUUGAAGCCAUCUUUGAUUGCCAUAACUACUCUGAGGGUAAGAAAGUUAAACUUGCUGUUGUUGAGUUUUCUGAUUAUGCUGCUUCUUGGUGGAAAAAGCUUGCUAGGGACAGAUUGCAAGAGGACCUACCACCUAUUGCGACGUGGGCAGAGAUGAAGAGGGUAAUGAGGAAGCGAUUUAUUCCAUCAUACUUCCAAAGAGAUCUACAAUCUCGCCUUCAACGCUUGAAGCAAGGCUCCAUGUCGGUGGAUGAGUACUUCAAAAGCAUGGAUAUGGCUAUGAUCCAAGCUAACUGCAUGGAGGAAGAAGAGGCUACAAUAGCUAGAUUUUUAAAUGGUUUAAAUACAGAAAUAGCUAAUGUAGUAGAGAUACAACAAUAUGUAACUUUAGAUGAGUUAGUUGAUUUGUCUGUAAAAGUUGAAAAACAAAUUGAGAAAAAGCAGCAAAAUAACUCAUGGAGAAGUCGACCAAACACUAUCUCUAAGAAGCCAUGGUCAACUCAAGAGGGGAAAGCUCCUUCCAAACCUCAAGAUGAUAGAGGUAAAGGUAAGGUUGAGGAGGGAGGUAAAACCUUUAAUCCUAAAUCUUCUAAACCUUCAAGUUCUAUUCAAUGUCACAAAUGUCAUGGAAGGGGGCAUAUGAUGCAUGAAUGUCCAAGUAGAAGAAACAUCCUACUUAGAGAGAAUGGAGAAUAUGAGAGUGAAAAAAGUGAGGGGGAAGAAGAAGAGGGAGAAGGUGUAAGUGAGGAAGAUGAUUUGGAACUGCCUAAUGAUGGUAUAAUUGGGGUGGUUAGGAGAAUUAUGACUAUCAAUUUGGGUAGUGUUGAUGAAGGGCAGAGAGAGAAUUUGUUUCAUACUAGGUGUGGGAUAAAAGGGAAGACUUAUUCUAUGAUUAUUGAUGGGGGAAGUUGUGCAAAUGUGGUGAGUUCAUACUUGGUGGAUAAACUAGGAAUUGCAUGCAUGAAGCGCUCUACCCCAUAUAGGCUCCAAUGGUUGAAUGAUUGUGGAGAAGUAAAAGUAAACAAACAAUGCAUGAUUUCAUUCAAUGUUGGUAGGUAUGAAGAUGAGAUUCUUUGUGAUGUAGUUCCAAUGCAAGCAUGUCAUGUUUUACUUGGCCGACCUUGGCAGUAUGAUAGGCAGAAUUUUGAAGAUGUUUUUCCUGAUGACACUCCAAAGGGAUUGCCACCUUUGAGAGGGAUUGAGCACCAAAUAGACUUUGUGCCUGGGUCUCAACUUCCUAAUAGGCCUGCCUAUAGGAGCAAUCCUGAAGAGACCAAAGAAUUACAAAGGCAAGUUGAAGAAUUGCUUGAAAAGGGAUUUGUUCGAGAGAGUAUGAGCCCAUGCUCUGUUCCAGUCCUAUUGGUCCCCAAAAAGGAUGGAACAUGGAGGAUGUGUUUUGUGGUCAGUUCUAAGGGAGUUGAAGUAGAUGAUGAGAAAAUCAAGGCAAUAAAAGAAUGGCCUAAACCUAAUAGUGUAACUGAAGUUAGGAGUUUUCAUGGACUUGCUAGUUUUUAUAGGAGGUUUGUGCGAGACUUUAGCACCAUUGCUGCUCCUUUAACUGAAGUUAUUAAAAAAGAUAAGGUUUUUACAUGGGGAAAGGAACAAGAUGAUGCAUUUAACUUGCUGAAGGAUAAAUUGUGUUCUGCUCCUCUUUUGCAAUUGCCUGAUUUUUCUAAGUCUUUUGAAGUUGAGUGUGAUGCCUCUGGUAAGGGCAUAGGUGCAGUUUUGAUGCAAGACUCCAAGCCAAUUGCCUACUUUAGUGAAAAGCUAAGUGGAGCAACAUUGAACUACUCAACUUAUGAUAAGGAGCUAUAUGCCUUGGUGAGGGCGUUAGCUACAUGGCAGCACUACUUGUGGCCUCGAGAAUUUGUGGUCAAGACUGAUCAUGAGUCAUUAAAAUACUUGAAGAGCCAAGGUAAACUUAGUCGUAGGCAUGCUAAAUGGGUAGAGUUUAUUGAAACUUUUCCUUAUGUAAUUGCUUACAAACAAGGAAAGGAGAAUGUGGUUGCUGAUGCACUCUCAAGAAGGUAUAAAUUUAAUCUUCAAGAUGAAUUUCUAUUCAAGGAAAAUAAAUUAUGUGUUCCUAACUGCUCGUUGCGUGAACUAUUUGUUAGGGAAGCACAUUGUGGAGGGCUAAUGGGACAUUUUGGUGUACCCAAAACACUGGAAAUACUUUCUGAACAUUUUUAUUGGCCUAGCAUGAGAAAGGAUGUUGAAAAAGUGUGUUCUUAUUGUCUUGAAUGUAAACAGGCUAAGUCUAGAACAUUGCCGCAUGGUCUUUAUACUCCUUUACCUGUUUCUAAUUCCCCUUGGAUUGAUAUUUCUAUGGAUUUCAUAUUGGGGCUGCCAAGGACUAAGUAUGGUAAGGAUAGUAUAUUUGUGGUAGUAGAUAGAUUUUCUAAAAUGGCUCGUUUUAUCCCAUGUAAAAAGACUAAUGAUGCAUCUCAUGUGGCUGACUUGUUUGUAAAGGAAGUGGUUAAAUUGCAUGGAAUACCUAGAACUAUUGUUAGUGAUAGGGAUGCCAAGUUCUUAAGUCACUUUUGGAGAAUUCUUUGGGGAAAGUUGGGAACUAAAUUGCUAUUUUCUACAUCUUGUCACCCACAAACGGACGGGCAAACGGAAGUGGUUAAUAGAACUUUAGGGAACAUGUUGAGGGCUAUUUUGAAAGGAAAGUUGACUUCUUGGGAAGAUUACUUACCUAUUGUAGAAUUUGCUUAUAAUAGGACCUUCCAUUCUUCUACUGGUAAGACUCCUUUUGAAGUUGUAUAUGGAUUCAACCCCCUUACCCCCCUUGAUUUAUUGCCUUUGCCCUUGGUUUGGGUGCAUAUGCGAAAGGAAAGAUUUCCUUCCAAAAGAAAGACCAAACUAGAUCCUAGAGGAAGUGGGCCAUACAAAGUCCUUGAAAGGAUUGGAGACAAUGCUUAUAAACUUGAUCUUCCUGGUGAGUUCCAAGUUAGUGCUACUUUUAAUGUUUCUGAUCUUUCCCAUUUUGAUGCAGAUUUGAAUUCGAGGACGAAUUCUCUUCAAGAAGAGGGGAAUGAUAGCAUCCAAGGAAGCUCUACUCCAUUGAAGGACAAGGAUGACGCUUUAGAAACUCCAAGGAGGCCCAUAACAAGAUCUCAAACCAAGGAGUUCAAUGAUAAGCUCAAUGGGCUUCAAUCGCUGAUCCAAAGGUUUCUUAUUGGGGAAGAAGAGCUCAAGCCCAAGGGAGAGGAAUUGUCCAAAUGCUACAAUUAUUUGGUGGCCCAAAUUCAAGCCCAAGAUGAGGAAUUUUAAGGUCCAAUUUCGUGCAAAAAAGGUCAAGAAGAGUCCAAGAAUCAGCCACAACAAGAGUUGCUUUCUGCCCAAGUUUUGAGAGAAGACUAGUCAAACUUUCCAAGAUUGUCAAGAUUCUUUUCCU